UCACAAUAAAUAGCCAAUCAAAUGCUACGGUCUGUUACUGGCGGGAAAUCUGACAAAUAACAGGGAUUGACGUAUUACCCCCUGUAGACCAAUCAGUGACUUACACAUCGUCUGCCUCUACCCAUUUCUUUCUAUGCAAUACCAAAUUCCAUCACCAGCGAUCAACGAUACCAUUCGCGUCAUCUACGUUGUGGUGUUAAGAAGUCUCUGCAAAAUGGCGAAACACAACUCUGUUUUUGAGUUAUUUUACAUAUUGUCAUUGGUGUUCCAAAGAAAUAUCUUGAUUGUCUCCGGAUUUGGAACUUCAUCUUAUACAGGUGAACAUACAUUUUAUGCAGCUGAAAAUCUUAAACUACAAGGGUUUGCAUAUGCGACCAAAACUGUGCGCUCUCGUGUCAUAUGCGGACGGGAAUGCAGCAUGGAUGAACGUUGCAAGUCGUUUAAUUUUAACGGAUUCAAUAAAAUGUGCGAGCUGAACCUUGCCACAAGACGAGAGCAUCCCGAAGACUUCAAUACAACUCAAAGGAGCGUAUACUUCGAUACAGACGAAGACACACAUCUGUACUCACUGACUGAUAGCUCCUUGGAUCGCUACAGAAGUUGCAAGAUGCUCUUAGAUGCCGGUUAUAACUCAAGCGGUAUCUACACAAUCUACCCAGAGGGAUUCGGUAAUGGGAGUCUUCGUGUCUACUGUGACAUGGAAACCGACGGCGGAGGAUGGAUCGUGUUUCAGAGGCGACAAGAUGGCAGUGUGGACUUCUACCGUAACUGGAUCGAGUACCAGUCUGGCUUUGGCGAUCUGUCCGGUGAGUUCUGGUUGGGCAACGACAACUUGGUGACUCUGACGUCUAAUGAUUCACGUGGAACAUGGGAGCUACGAGUUGAUUUAGAGGACUGGGAGAACAACACGGCAUGGGCAAAGUACUCAGAUUUCAAAAUAUCCCCGGGUGAGUACAAUCUGAAUAUUGGCCAAUACGAUGCCAGCAGCACUGCCGGGGUUGACUCUCUUAGUCAUCACAGAGGAAGCCCCUUCUCAACAAAGGAUCGUGACAAUGAUGCGGGGCAGUCAAAUUGUGCACAAUCCGCCCAUGGAGCCUGGUGGUUUAAUAAUUGUUUGCUCUCCAACUUGAAUGGUCGAUAUUAUCCAGAUGAGCAUGCAGCUGGUGAUAGGGGCGUGCAUUGGUAUUACUGGAAAGGCCCUCUCUAUUCUCUGAAAACCUGUCACAUACAAAUUCGUAUCAUGGGACUAUGAAUACCUUUUUGUGACGUAAGGGGCUGAUUGUAAACUUAAAAGCGGAUGGUUUGCGAAAGGCUUAAGCCCUCCAAAGAUGGACAGAAGAAAUGUCCAAAGUGAUGGAGCCAACCGGGGUGCGAAUGUUCAAUCCCUGCCCGGCCUUCCUAACGAAUAGAUAGGUUAAACUACGUGGUUAGAAAAUUGAUUUAUGGAUGCAUGGUACACCAUCUUUCUACCUUGGGCACUCUCGACAAUAGGUGGCGCUCUUCAUUUUGGCACAUUAUUGCCACAGACAUAUUGCCGACGGGCAGUAAAAACACACUCUUGAAAAAAAUGACACUCUUCAGAAAAUACUGGUGAGGGGAGAAAUAUACCCUCACCCCCGGAUGCUACGCCAUUGAUGUAUGUUUGUGAUCAUGUCUAAUCGUCUUUUUUCAACUUUGGAUACCGCACCACUAAACAAUCUAUCACUUCGCUAUAUUGUAGUUUUUGCUUGGUAACGCCAAUAUUUAUUUUUAAACAAUUAUCAUAAACACCCCCUUAGCCCCCUCCCACAUUUCUAUAAUGUCGAAGGAGGAAAAGGAGAGAAGGUCAGGACACUCUUAAAAUAAUAUUAAUAUAAAAAUACAAUUUUUUCUCUUGGGAAACACUUGUGCUCAUCUGUAUAUAUAAAAACUGAAUGGAACCAUGUCGCCAGAAACGCGUAGUAAUUUUGGAAUUUCGAAACCGAGCAAAUUUGCCUUCUCGAAGUCUGAGAGGAAGGGAUGAGCACCGCCCUCAACUGGGAUUGGGCAUACUUCCAUCAGUUACGCAGGUCUCUCAUUUUGACAGAAAAAUUGCUACAAAAUGUAUGUCAAUAGUUCGCUCUUGAAAGACUCCCACUUUGUAAGUGGUAGAAUUGGCUGCUUUUAAAUACUUAAUGUAACUCUGCUCAAUUUCCGGGGUUUUUUUUCAAAUGCCAUUUUUUUUUCUAGAAAUACAAAAGUAAUUGAAGAAAUCGAAUGCAAGCACCGACAUCGAAUAAAACGACGGGCUAACGUAUAAUCGGGAAAUAAUUUAUUGUCAAAUUAAGAAUUAUUUGCGCCGUGACAACAAUUCAUCUGUCACAGGGGAGACUGGUUUCCACCUCUAUCAGAACCAGUGUACUUGCACAGCAGAUCUGCUGGUUUUAAAAAAGGGGGAAUUUCAGGGUUGUGUGACGCCCUCAAAAGCGACAAAAUGAAGGUGAAUUUAAGUUUGCGGGCACAUUAUUAUAUUUAAUACCUUAAAUUAAAACAAAUUGAUUAAACGUGAAAUUUACUUUGUCGCAUCUUUUAUUGAUAAAUGGCAGCCAGAACCUGCACAUUAUAAAACCAUCUAGUGUUCACAAACUGAAAAAGACAUAAAUCCAAAUAUUUUUGAGUCUUGAUGCUGGAGAAACGAACA